UCUGAACCCUAAUUCACAAAACGGACUUUCUUGGGAAAGAAGAUUCAAAAUUGAAACGACAUCGUUUAGAUGCUGUGUUGACGUUUGCAUACGGCGGUGGCCGCCUCUCCUUGGUCCUCGCUUUACUUGUCAAAGUUGUCAUCGAUCACUUGAUAAUUCUCGAUCGUUAGCUCGCAUUGACCCGGAAAAUAAUCCGUUGAGACUUGCAACGAUGUGUUGCUGAUACAGAAAUUCACGUUUAGAGGGUUGGUUAAGAUUCAAUUUGAAAUAUCGUUAUGGCGCAUCUGGUUGGUGGUGCGGAGGGACACGCCCGAUUCAAGCAGUACGAGUAUCGAGCCAACUCUAGUCUGGUCCUAACCACCGACUCUCGACCGCGCGACACCCAUGAACCUACUGGGGAGCCUGAAUCUCUUUGGGGAAAGAUUGAUCCCAAAUCUUUUGGUGACCAAGCGUACAGGGGCAGACCUCCUGAGUUGGACGAGAAGCUGAGAAAAUCUAGGAAGAAGAAGGAGCGGGAUCCCCUUUCUGAACAUGUUCCUAGCAGGCAGAGCAAGAAGCGACGUCUUAGGGAGGAAAGUGUUCUUACUGCAACAGAGGAGGGGGUCUACCAGCCAAAAACCAAGGAGACCAGGGCUGCCUACGAGGCCUUGCUCAGUGUCAUUCAGCAGCAGUUGGGUGGACAGCCUCUCAAUAUAGUUAGAGGUGCAGCUGAUGAGAUUUUGGCAGUUUUGAGGAAUGAAGCCGUUAGGAACCCUGACAAGAAGAGGGACAUUGAGAAUUUACUGAACCCAAUCCCAAACCCUGUGUUUGAUAACCUUGUUUCACUUGGGAAGCUUAUUACUGAUUUCCAAGACGGAGGAGAUGCAACAGAGCCUACUGCUGCGAAUGCUGAUGAGGCCCUGGAUGAUGACGUUGGUGUAGCUGUUGAGUUUGAUGAAGAGAAUGAAGAUGAGGAAGAGGACAUCGAUCUUGAUAUGGUGUCUGAGGACGAAGAGGAUGAUGAUGAUGUGCUGGAACCAAAUGGGUCUUCAGCUAUGCAAAUGGGUGGUGGAAUUGAUGAUGAUGCUACACAGGAAGCAAGUGAGGGCAUGGGUAUUAAUGUUCAGGAUAUUGAUGCUUAUUGGCUUCAGAGGAAGAUCUCUCAAGCUUAUGAUCAGCAGAUUGAUCCUCAACAAUGACAAAAGCUUGCAAAGGAGGUGCUUAAGAUAUUGGCGGAAGGAGAUGACAGGGAAGUUGAAACUAAUCUCUUGGUUCAUCUCCAGUUUGAUAAAUUUAACCUCAUCAAAUUUCUGUUGCGGAAUAGGUUGAAGAUUGUGUGGUGCACUCGGUUGGCUAGAGCUGAGCACCGGGAAGAGAGGAAGAAAAUCGAAGAGGAAAUGGUGGGUUUGGGUCCUGAUUUGGCUGUAAUUUUGGAGCAGCUGCAUGCCACUAGGGCCACUACCAAGGAGCGGCAGAGAAACUUGGAGAAGAGUAUUAGAGAAGAGGCUCGGUGCUUGAAGGAUGAGAGUAGAGGGGAUGUGGACAGGGAUAGGAAAGGACUUGUUGAUAGAGAUGCAGAAGGUGGUUGGUUGAAAGGCCAGCGCCAGCUGCUUGAUCUUGAAAGCCUGGCUUUUGAACAGGGUGGUCUUUUAAUGGGGAACAAGCAAGCAACCCGCGCUUCGUGACAGGUUGUUGCUGUCUAAAGUGCAUGGGAAAAAUUAUAGAAGUUGUAUCAGUUGUUUUGGUAUUGUAAAUAGAUUUUGUUGAAUGGGCAACACAUCAUGGUCAUACUGGUAAUGUUUAAAUAAUAGGCAAUAUUGUGGUAAUUUUUGUUGUGGUAAUAGCGACAAUAUGCCUCCUGUCUUGCAAAAACUUUCGAGUUUUCUUAGCAAAAGAGAAAUGAUGACUUUGCUUACCCUACAUCAUGAGAUUUUUCACAGAGAUUGCAGAGUUUUGUUGGCUGCGAAGAUUAUUCAUGUGGGAAAGUUGAAGGAAGACGGAAGAUAAAAGGGCCCUGGAAUGCAAAUAGGUUUAGGAAUUGUCGAUCUUGACCUUGGUUAAUGACCUUGUUGGCAAUGUUAGAGCAAACCAAAGGAUAUAAUAGUACUUUCCUUUGCUGG